CGCCGGAAGAGAAGACAACCUCUUUCCCGGCCAUCUUUCAAGCGAGCUGCGCGCUCCGGGCCCUCGCCGUAAUCUGAGGACAUCCGACAGGACAGGGGCCAAAAUGCCCGGUCAUCUGCAAGAAGGCUUCGGCUGCGUCGUCACUAAUCGUUUCGACCAGCUAUUCGAUGAUGAAACCGACCCGUUCGAGGUGCUGAAGGCGGCCGAGAACAAGAAGAAGGAGGCGGGGGGAGCCCAGGCCAAGACCGCCGCCCAGGCCGCCAAACAGCCCAAGAAGGAGUCCCAGAAGGACCGCAGGAACCCUCUGCCCGACAAGAAGGAGGAGGCCGUGCCGCCUGUGGCCCUCAAGAAAGAAGGAAUCAGGAGGGUCGGUAGGAGACCUGACCAGCAGCAACAACCAACACCACCACCACAGCAGCCAACUUCACAGGCCCCCCUGGGCGAAGGGAAGCCCAUCGACAGAAGGCAAACAGACAGGCGGCCUCCUCGUGAACGUCGUUUUGAGAAACCAGCUGAAGAGAAGGGUGAAGGAGGAGGGGAAUUUCCUGUGGACAGGCCUAUUGGCGAAAGACCUCCCCGUGGUCGUGGUGGCCCCGGUGGAAGGGGACGUGGCGGCCGUGGACGUGGCAUAGGCAGAGGUGAUGGCUUUGACUCUCGUGGCAAACGUGAAUUUGACAGGCAUAGCGGAAGCGACCGAGCUUCUUCUUUCAGUGGCCCGAAGCAUGAAGACAAGAGGGGAGGCAGCGGAUCUCACAACUGGGGCAAUGUUAAGGAUGAAAUGAGCGAAAUGGACCAGUCAACCGUCACUGAGGAACCAACUGAAACAGAGGAUCAGCCCGUGGUGGACUCCGAGAACAAGGAAAAUGAGGUGGAAGAAGGAGGACCCAAGGAAGAAGGACCCAAGGAAAUGACCUUAGAUGAAUGGAAGGCAAUGCAAGACAAAGCACGCGCCAAAGUUGAAUUUAACAUCCGAAAACCAAACGAAGGCGCUGACGGCCAGUGGAAAAAAGGUUUCGUUCUUCACAAAUCUAAGAGUGAGGAGGUAAUGAGCGAGGAGGUAAUGAUCUGUGCUACACAUAUGGUUCACGCUGAUACUGAAGGUUUGGAUCACCAUUUCCGUAAGCCUGCAAAUGACAUCACUUCCCAACUUGAGAUUAAUUUCGGAGAUCUUGGCCGCCCCGGCCGCGGACGCGGUGGUGGAAGAGGUGGCCGCGGACGCGGUGGAAGGCCCAGCCGCGGCGGUAGAACCGAUAAGGUCAUUCAGCCGCCUGUGUGCUCGGACGUGGAGCCUGAUCUGUGGAAACUAGAGUCAAGCGUCUCUGUUCCCGACGUAGACGACCCCGAGGCUUUCCCAGCUCUGUCGUAAACUGGAUGUCUAAAGUCCACCCCUGGUGCCCUCGUGGCUCCCCUUUCUACGAGGCUUGCAUGCUUAAGGAUCCUAAACAACUACAAAUUUAAGAGACUGUCGAUCAUACCAUUCACACCUAUGGACUGAAUUUUAUCUGUUUUAAACAAAUGGACUUCUCUCGCUACACAGGAGCAACCAUACGGUAGUUGAGUUUUGUAUUUAGAUACGUACUGGUAGCAAGGGACGUUUUCAUAAUUUUUUCCAGAGAUUCAGCAUUCUUCAUGGAUACUUUUUUUGUAUGGCUGCUUGAAAAUAUGCGUUUCCGAACUUGAAAUAUAGGUGUGGACAGUGUGUACCAGUUAACGUUUUCACUUCAUCUGUGUUUUUAUUCCUAAACUUUAUUUUUUUUUUCAGGCUUUAGUUUCUUGUAUAACAUAGAAUGUAUUUUUUAUUUUAUUUUUGGAAUUGGUUUCAGUUUUAAGUCUUGUCACCUACCCGGCUUCUUUUUCUUACAAACCAAAAACGUAUUGGCCGUUAUAACUGAUAUACCUAAUUUCAAUUUGGGAAGGUCAUUUAUUUUUUAGCAUUUAGCGGUUGGUACUGGUGAUGGUGAUCUUUAAUAUCCUUAAUACCGGGGGUGGACAAAUUCCUGUAGGAUUCCAAGCACCACCCAAUAACGGGCUUUCACCGAUUUACCCACAGAAGAGGCUGAGAAAGCCCCCAUUUGUAAUCUGUAGGUGUUCUGGGGGGGGCCUGGCUUUUCCUAGGAUUUGUCAACAAAUUGCCAGCUUCCGUGCUUGCUUUCGUGUGGCGCAGUCCUGCAGCUUGUCCUUUUUUUUAAUACUACUUUCUUUCUGCCGCCAAUAGCUGUAAAAUGCGAAUCGUAACCAACAAUGGAGCAGGACGAGCGUUGUAAAAGAAAUGUUUUUACAUUUUUAUUUUUAUUUUCGAAGAUGGCCGCACCAAUGAUUCCUAACUGGCAGCCUGUAAACAAUUCUUGCUGUUGUAAAAAAAAAAUAAAGAAACGCUGCAGCCCUUGUAUUAGGAAAUGGGUUGUAUGAGGAGCACUGGGGUGGAACGUUAAUCCAUUUAAGGCAGAUUACGGGGCUUCACAUUACAAAUCCCAGCAUGCCCUGGUAGAAAAUGCAGUUCCCUCGUAACAGCUUUUGAGGGCACACUAUUGCCUGGAGUGCUUGAAAGCCCUCUUUUAAAGUGGAAUAACUUAUAUCAUGUUAAUGGUGGGAGGUGGGGGGGAUUGUGUUUUUUGACAUGGAACACCUCUCCUCCAUAUCAGUUUGAAAUAAAAAAAAAAACACAA